AUGGCAGAGAUAAUGGAAGUGUGGAAUUACAAACUUUAUGAAGCUGCUGAAAAUGGGAGCGUAGAGGACUUGAAGCUUUGCCUAGCAAAUGGAGCUAACAUUGAUAAUCAAGUUAAUGGAAGGACAGCAUUAAUGUUUGCUGCCAGUGGAGGACAUGUGGAAGUGUGUCAACUUCUCCUGGAGAACAGGUGUAACAAAGAUAUCACAGAUUGGGAUGGAUGGACAGCAUUAAUGUGGGCAGCCUGUAAAGGACAUGUGGAAGUGUGUCGACUUCUCCUGGAGAACAGAUGUAACAAAGAUAUCACAGAUAGAGAUGGAAGAACAGCUUUACAUCUGGGUGCUGAGUGGGGAUAUCUACAGGUCACAAGAUGUCUAGUAGAACAAGGAGGCAUCAGUCCCUUGGUUAAAACACAUCAGGAGGAUAUGGAUAGGGUAUACAGAGUAGAAAAUCAUGAAUGA